AUGGUAGAAGAUUACCCAUCAACAUCUAUUACAACAGAGACACGUUGUACAAAUAAACUUCUCAAUGAUUUAGAGGCGUUGCUCUUGCAACAUGGAAAGCACAUCACAGAGUAUGAUUUGUUGAUUUCAACUAGAGAAUGUGACAAUGAUUUAGCUGUACUAAGAGUCAUACAAGAUGAGCUAAUUGUUCCUAAUGAAAGUAUGAUAUUCUUUGUCGAUGGGCUAGAGGGAACUGGGAAAACAUUUUUGUAUCGCACAAUAUUGGCAACCUUGAAAAAAGCCGGUCACAUUGCAGUUGCCACAUCUACAUCUGGCAUAGUAGCAACAUUACUUCCUGGUGGAAGAACAACGCAUUCCAAGUUUAAGACUCCUUUAAAUCCUGAUGCUUCAUCUACUUACUCAAUAAGUAAACAAUCAGACUUAGUUGAACUUAUUAGACGUGCCACCAUAAUUAUUUGA